UACGUUUGUUGGGUUACGUGUCAAUAUGUUUGAUAGCAUCAGCUGAUUUGAACGAGUUCCUUAAAUUUAUUUGUCGAUUUCCAAUUUGAGGUAACAGAACAAUGGCACUCUUUGAGUUGAAAUGGCUGAGGCGUUGGGUACGAAGGCAUACAAACCCCAUACCGGAGGAUAGUGCACAAUUGUGGAAAAGACGUCUAAGUAUUGGUUAUGCGCUACUCGCAUGGAAUGCUUUUGGGUUUGUCUGCUACAUGGUUUAUACCGGACGAAAUGAUUGGGCAAAAUAUUAUGGUUAUAAGAGUGAAGAGGAAGCUAAAUUAACACCCGCUCAACAAUACGCAACACAAUUGAACGUUAAUAAAGGAAAAAUUAUACGUUUCUCAGGAUUUAACCGUGUCGGCGAGACGGAAUUCGAUAAUACAAGUGAAAAAGUUGAAUAAUUAAAUUUUUUAAUGAAAACCGUAAAGUUAUCAUGAAAUAAUAUAUAAGUUAAAAAAACAUGAAAACCUA